AUGCAGCGGAUUGCGGGAGCCUCUCAGGAGCUCCAUGCGAUGGCGGGCCGAGGGCAUGCUGAGGUGGUGGAUGCUGAAUUUAGGGAUCACAGCUGGCGGAUUGGCUUGGUCACCUAUUGCAACUACAACAACAGUGCCACGAACCUUACAGCCCAGUCUCGCAGCAGCAAAGGCGCCUAUGCUGCCAGACACGGCUACAAGCUAAUGCAUAUCGAAGAGCCCUUCGUGACGCAGGCACAUCCUUGGAUGAACAAGCUCAUUGCCAUCCAAAGGAAUUUGCAGGACUUCGAUUGGCUCUUCUGGGUGGACUGCGACCUUUUCUUCAUGAACCCGAAGAAGACGGUUGAUGCCCUCAUCAAUGCAGCUUACUCCAGGACGCCGGAGGCUUCUUUGCUCAUCGCAGAAGACGGAAUGAUGCUUAACAGUGGCUCCUUCCUGCUGCGGAACAAUGACUGGGGUGCAGAUUUCCUGGCUCGUACGGUGGACCUUCUUUCAGCACCAAUGCCUCAGUCCUUCCAGCACAUGCCGUGGCACGAGCAGGCUCCUCUCAUGUACCUGGGAAUGGUGCCUUCCGUGCUGGAAGGGCUCGGGUCUCAAGCACCUGGGCCCUUGGCAUCGGGCUACGACCCUCACGUGGUUCUGCUCAGGCAAAGAGCACUGAACUCCUACCCCCAAGAGCUUGUGCAGAAGACGCAGCACGCUUUGCCUCACGAGGGCUUUGAGGAGGGCGACCUGGUGGUGUCCUUCAACGGCUGCUCCUCUGUGUUGGGCCGCGAGUUUUGCGAGGUCGUUGCAUCAUCUUCAAAAUAG